AUGAAGCUCGACGCCAAGGCUAUUCGCUACCUCACCUCUGAAGAUUUCCGCGUUCUUGCUGGGGUUGAAGCCGGAAGUCGAAACCAUGAGGUCGUCCCAACACCGCUGAUCUCGAACCUUUCCGGCCUCCGGGGUGGUAGCGGAGUGAACCGCGCUAUCUCCAACCUAGCGAAGAUCAAUUUGAUUGCCAAGGUCAAGAACGCCAAGUAUGACGGCUACCGACUCGCAUACGGAGGAUUGGAUUAUCUCGCGCUGAACGCGCACCAGAAGGCCAAGGUCAUUUACUCCGUCGGCAACCAGAUUGGUGUCGGCAAAGAAUCAGACAUUAUUGUGGUGGCACACAGCAGCGGAGCGCAGCGCAUCAUGAAGAUUCACCGUCUCGGCCGUAUCUCUUUCCGAACCAUCAAGACCAACCGCGACUACCUCCGUCACCGCAGCUCGGCUUCCUGGAUGUACAUGUCACGACUGGCAGCAAUGAAGGAGUAUGCAUUCAUGCAAGCAUUGCGUGAGAACGGGUUCUCCGUCCCCGAGCCCAUUGCCCAGAACCGACACACCAUCGUAAUGGGUCUCAUCGAUGCGUUCCCUCUUCGUCAGAUCGCCAAGGUUGCCGACCCGGCCAAAUUAUACUCAGAACUUAUGAACAUGAUUCUGGAACUUGCGCGAUUCGGUCUGAUCCACGGUGACUUCAACGAGUUCAACAUCCUCAUCAAGGAGGAGUUGGACCCUGAAGCGAAGGGCAAAGGCCCACUUACUGAGGAAGAGGAAGAUGAGAACAUGAUUCUGACCCCGGUCCUUAUCGAUUUCCCGCAAAUGGUGUCUGUUGACCACGCUAAUGCUGAGAUGUACUUCGACCGCGAUGUUGAAUGUAUCAAGCGAUACUUCAGACGCAAGUUCAAGUUUGUGAGCGAUAAGAAGGGCCCGACCUUUGCGGAAGCAAGAAAGUUACUUCUCAAGAACCCUGGCAAACGUCUGGAUAUUGAGGUCGAAGCGUCCGGAUUCUCACGCAAGAUGGCCAAGGAGCUCGAGCUGUAUAUGAAAGAAGUUGGCGUUACUGGAGAUGGAGAGGGUUCCAAGAACACGGAUGACGAAGAGGAAUCGGACGAGGAGGAAUCUGGAUCCGAAGAAGAAGAAGACGAAAGUGACGCCGAUGAGAACCAAACCUCUGAAGAUGUCGAUGACAGCACCAAGCGACUAGAGGAACUUCGAGUCUCAGAAUCAUCGGCACAAUAA